AUGUUAUGUCUAAAUUCAGCUCAACUGUUACAUUUUCUAUUAAUUUACUUAAUCUUAAUCAAUAUUUGUCAAUUAAAUGCCAAACAACGUUACAAUGCAAAUGCUUCAUUGUCAUUAACCGCGCUGCCCCUAACCUCUCGAAUUUUAAAUAAUAAUUCUCAUGAAGUUGUGGUGGCGGCUGCCUCAAUUUCUCUCGGUUAUAAUAUGAAAAAUAAAAAGAAUCCUAAUCCUAAUACUAAUAAUAACAACAACAAUAACAACGUUAACUUCAAUUUUAAUUAUAAUACCAAUAACAACAACAAUAGGGAUAAGGAUAAUAUUGUUAUAGGAUUUCUAGCAGAAUAUUCACAAAUGCGGGUGACACUUGGAGGUCUGCCAUUGGCUGUGGAGGACAUAAAUAAGAAUCCUUUGCUGCUGCCUGGCAAACGUUUGUCAUUUAAAGCAUUCGAUAUUGGCCAUACGACCGGACUUUAUCGUGUACAACCAAUAAGAUUCAUGACUCAGAUGAGAAGUGAAAACGUGGCUGCAUUUAUAGGACCAGACGAAAGUUGCAUAUCAGAAGCCCUGCUGGCAGCAGCAUGGAAUAUACCCAUGAUAUCAUUUAAAUGCUCAGAUUCAAUUGUCUCGAAUAAGGAGACAUUUCAUACGUUUGCCAGAACGUUGGCGCCAGCCUCCAAGGUUUCAAAAAGUGUCAUAAGUCUUUUGAGUGCAUUUCACUGGCAAAAAUUUGCCAUCGUGGUGAGCUCAAAGCCAGUAUGGGGUUCAGAAGUUGCCAGAGCCAUUCAGGAAUUGGCGGAGGCUGAAAAUUUUACUAUAACACAUUUCAAGGAAAUUUCCGAUUACAUACCCACCGAAAAGACCUUAAUCAAAAUGCAAAAGAUUAUUGAUGAAACCUAUACAACGACACGCAUUUAUGUUUUUAUUGGCGAACACAUUGCCAUGGUGGACUUUGUACGUUGCAUGCAAAAUCGUAAGCUGUUGCAGGAUGGCGACUAUAUUAUCAUAUCGGUUGAUGAUGAAAUCUAUGAUUCCAAAAGACGUGUAAAUAUAAUGGAGAGAAACUAUUUGGAUCCGUACAUACGCAAGGAGAAAAGCAAAUCAUUGGACAAAAACUCAUUUCGUUCUGUUAUAAAAAUCAGCAUGUCUUAUCCACAAAAUCCAAAUAUACGGGAAAGAUGUAGUAAAAUAAAGGAAUAUGCUCGUAAACAUCCGUUUUUAGUACCAUAUCAUGAACGUGUAUUUGACAACAUUUCGGUACCAAUUUAUGGUCUGCAUUUAUAUGACAGUGUGACAAUUUACGCCCAGGCUCUAACCGAAGUAUUACAAAUGGGCGGAGACAUUUAUGAUGGCCGCCUUGUGAUGAGUCGCAUAUUUAAUAGAUCGUAUCAUUCGAUACAAGGAUUUGAUGUACACAUCGAUAGUAAUGGAGAUGCUGAGGGCAACUAUACUGUCAUUACUCUGCAGCAUGACAUGAACAGUGUAAACGCAGCCAAUUCAUUGGCAAAAAUGUCUAUGCAGCCAGUUGGAUACUUUGUCUACAAUAAACAGUCAACCAUACCUGAAUUUCGUUAUAUUAAAACUGAUCGCCCCAUACAAUGGCAGAAGGGUAGACCGCCCUUGGCCGAACCUUUGUGCGGUUUUCAUGGUGAACUAUGUCGCUUGAGAAAAUUGGAUUGGCGCUAUAUAACAUCUGGCUCGUUUUUUGGCUUAUUCAUGAUAAUUGCUGGCGUAUUUCUUAUUAAGCAUUAUCGUUAUGAACAAACAUUAGCUGGUCUAUUGUGGAAAAUUGAUAUGAAAGAUGUAACCAUUAUAAAUGUGGACAAUAAUUGUGACUACAAUAAUUUAAAAAAUAAAAAUAUUUAUCAAAUAUGCCGUCAAAGUAUAUUGACUGGAGGCGACACAAAUAAGAAGGCUUUUACAAAUAUAGGUUUAUAUCGUGGCAAUAUAGUGGCCAUGAAAAAGGUUUACAAAAAGACUGUCGAUAUAACGCGUACGAUACGCAAAGAGUUGAAACAGAUGAGAGAGAUACGACACGAAAACAUCAUCAACUUUAUAGGCGUAUCCAUUGAUCAUGGCUCCGUUGUCAUUUUCACUACCUACUGUGCCCGUGGUAGUUUGGAUGAUGUUUUGGCCAAUGAAGAUCUACACUUGGAUCACAUGUUUGUGUCCUCACUGGUUAGCGAUAUUCUCAAGGGCAUGAUAUAUUUACAUGAUUCAGACAUAAUUUCUCAUGGCAAUUUGAGAUCCAGCAAUUGUUUAAUAGAUUCAAGAUGGGUGUGUCAAAUAGCAGAUUUUGGUCUGCAUGAGUUCAAAGUGGGUCAAGAAGAGCCGCAAAAACGAGAAAUGGAAUUGAAACGUGCUUUAUGGAAAGCUCCGGAGCUUUUGAGGGAUCCAUCCCCACCACUACGUGGCAGCCAAAAAGGCGAUGUCUACUCGUUCGGUAUUGUGUUGUAUGAAAUAAUUGGUCGUAAGGGACCCUGGGGUGAGACAACAUAUACGCAUGAUGAAAUAAUAACAUUCGUUAAGCAACCAGAAUUACUGCAUCAUGGUGUCUUCCGUCCAUCACUCUCACAACUUGAUAUACCCGAAUAUGUGCGCCAGUGUUUAAGAUCAUGCUGGGAGGAAGAUCCCGAAUUACGUCCCGAUAUACGUUUAGUGCGUAUGAAGCUAAAGGAGCUACAGGCCGGAUUGAAACCUAAUAUUUUUGAUAACAUGCUGUCGAUUAUGGAGAAAUAUGCAUACAAUUUGGAGGGACUUGUGCAGGAACGCACCACACAACUUUAUGAGGAAAAAAAGAAAACUGACAUGUUGCUCAAUCAAAUGUUGCCAAGAUCUGUGGCCGAAUCUUUGAAACGUGGCGAACCUGUUGAGGCUGAAUGCUUUGACUGUGUCACCAUAUUGUUCAGUGACAUUGUUGGCUUCACAGAACUGUGCAGCACCAGUACACCAUUCGAAGUGAUUGAAAUGUUAAACGAUUUGUAUACAUGUUGCGACUCAAUUAUCAACAACUAUGACGUUUAUAAGGUUGAAACAAUUGGUGAUGCGUAUAUGGUCGUUUCAGGACUACCACUAAGAAAUGGCAAACGUCAUGUUGGAGAAAUUGCCUCGUUAGCAUUGCACUUAUUGCAAAAUGUGGCUAAUUUAAAAAUUCGCCAUAAGCCAACAGAAACUUUACAACUACGCAUUGGUGUUCAUUCUGGACCCUGUGCAGCUGGUGUUGUGGGCUUAAAGAUGCCUCGCUACUGUCUUUUUGGUGAUACUGUUAAUACAGCUUCACGCAUGGAGAGUACGAGCGAUGCUAUGAAAAUUCACAUAUCCGAAGAAACGUAUCAACUACUGGAGAGUUUAGGAGGCUAUCAUUGCAUUGAAAGAGGACUGAUUAAUAUAAAGGGCAAAGGCGAUAUGCGCACCUAUUGGCUAAUCGGUCAAACUCCCGAACAGCAACUGCAACAGAACUCUGUGGUUGUUCUCAACGAUGCAGCACCCGAUCUAAUUAGUAAUGUGGAUACGGAAAGUUUUACCUCCAGUUCGGCGGCCUUACAUCCCAUCAUGAAUCACUGCUACAUUAAGCACUUACAACGAGGAGGCUCUUGCUUCUCCAAUACUGCCAGCCAGCAGAGACAACGUUACAUCAAGACGGCCUACUGCAGCUGUGAGACCAAAUGUAUAUACAAUCGUCGUUCGGAUGAUAAUGUAACGGUUGAUACGAUGCCACAUCGUAAACAACAAAUGGAUAAAACGAAUGCGGUGUGCAACAAUAGUUAUUUGUGUGUGUGUCGGCUCAAUUCGAGUGUUAUGUCAACACAUCGUGGACCACGUUCGGCACCGGUUAUAACAUUUCGUUUAUAGAGAAAUUCAACGAAGUUUUGUUUGUAAAC